AUACAUGUAUCUACAUACAUCGAACGCUGCAUUCUCAGCAAUCGCCACAUUAGAUACAUAAUGGCCGCUAUACCGCCACCAACAGCGACCUGGGACACGAUCCAGGAUGUAUUCUAUCGCAAGGAUGAGAUAUAUUCCAUGGGAUGGAAAGUAUCAGACCUUUCAGACUACAUAGUUACUUCAGCUAGAAACAGUGGUCCUAUCGCCAUGAUCAGAGAUGAGCGCAAGAUCAUGCUUCUAGGGAAACAUCCACCAGGAAAACCCAAGAUUUACGUCUACACCUCCUCAGGAAUCCUAUUGAAUACUUUUACAUGGGACCUUACUCCACCCAUCUUACUCCACUUCACCUCUCAGAACCUCAUUGUGCUUUCGGACGAAGGCUUAUAUCGUGUGUACGAUUUGUCGAAUUCAGGCGAAUACAAGCAACAUACGUUGGGAAGUGACGUUGCAGAAAUGGGUCUAGUAGAUGCGCAAGCGUGGGAAGAUGGUAUGAUUGUUUUGACUGGCGAACUGGAGUACCUGCAAGUCAGCGGCUGGUCAGGCGGUCGGGUUAUCCGUUUAUCUCCAAGUGGUCUAGGCGAAUUACCAAUGUCUUGGUCCCUUCUAUCGCCCGACAAAUCUCCAACCGGUCAUGCUCAAGUACUCUUCUCAACAUCCUCUACAAUAAUAACCCUCGACGCUCUCGAACGCAUCGACCAGCGCGUCUCUCGCGGUCCAUUCUCACAUAUCCGAGUGUCACCCAAUGGUCGAUUCCUCGCUCUUAUCACCGUGUUUGGGUCUUUAUGGGUUGUCUCGUCCGACUUUAGUCGUAAUUUAUCGGAAGUCGAUAUCGGCGAGUUGAGCGACAGUGCUGGGUUACCUGAAAAAGUAGAAUGGUGUGGUGAUAAUGCAGUAGUCCUUGGAUGGGGCGGGAAAGUGGUCGUUGUCGGCCCUGCAGGUGAUUCUCUCAAGUACUAUUACUCUCCAUCGGCCCACCUUAUUGGGGAGCUUGAUGGACUUAGGGUAAUCUCAGCAACAUCUUGCGACUUUAUCCAAAAAGUACCAGAUUCCUCCCUCGCUGUGUUUAGACCUGGCUCAACUCAUCCUGCCUCUAUCCUCUACGAUGCUCUCGAUAAUUUUGAGCGCAAAUCACCAAAAGCAGAUGAGAGUAUACGCAGUAUAAGGCCAGAGCUGGCAGAUGCUGUUGAUACCUGUAUUCAAGCGGCUGGGAGGGAGAUUGAAGUCACCUGGCAGAGGAAGUUGUUGAAGGCUGCUCAAUUUGGACGAGCAUUCAUGGAUCUGUACAACCCUAGCGAGUUUGUGGAGAUGGCGCAAACGUUGAAGGUGUUGAAUGCGGUCAGGUAUUUUGAAGUAGGCAUCCCUAUCACUUAUGACCAGUAUAUAACAUCAUCCCCCUCGUACCUUAUCUCCCAUCUUAUCUCUCGCAACCUCCACCUUUUUGCCCUACGCAUUUCUCAACACCUCUCCCUUCGCCCAGACCCGGUUCUGAAACACUGGGCCACAGCAAAAAUCACUCGCUCCAACAAAGGCGUUGACCCCUCCGACCGUGGCGUUGCAGAUGACGAACAAGUCUGCGAAGCCAUUGUCGAGAAAUUCGAAAAGGAAGGCGAGAGGGGAGUGAGUUACGCGGAGAUUGCGAAGAAGGCAUGGGAAGCGGGAAGAACAAGGUUGGCUACAAUGCUGUUGGAUCAUGAGCCCCAAGCCGCGGAGCAGGUUCCAUUGUUGUUGCAGAUGAAGCAAGAUAAGAUUGCGUUGACUAAAGCUAUCGAUUCUGGGGAUACUGAUCUUGUCUACCAAGUUCUCCUUCACCUACGCUCAACGCUCACCCCGGGCGACUUCUUCCACGUUCUUGAUGACUCAAUCUCUCCCAAUCUCAAGCCUGCUGUCAACCUUUUACAAGUGUACGCCCGCCAAGCCGACCGCCAACUGUUGCGUAACUUUUACUACCAGGAUGACAGACGAACAGAGAGUGCUUGUUUGGAAAUGGAAGAAGCUGGACAGAGCCAGGAUGUAAAUGACAGGAUUGAACAUCUCAAGGUCGCUGCCAAGAGGUUUGGGGAAAGUAAAGAGCGGGUGUUUGAGGCUAAAAUGGUUGAAGAUGCUCAACGCCUUCUUAUCCUCCAGGAAGCCUAUGAACGGGAGCUUGCCCAUAAGUUCAAAUUCACAGGCUUGUCUGUCGAUGAAUUCAUACAUAAACUUCUUAUUGAAGGGUUCGGGAAACGUGCAGAGCGGGUGAGGGCGGACUGGAAGGUGCCGGAUAGGCGGUGGUGGUGGGUCAAGCUGAAGGCAUUGGCAGAAGUCAAGGAUUGGGAUGGUUUGGAGGCUUUUGCAAAGUCGAAGAAGAGCCCGAUAGGGUAUGAGCCGUUUGUGACACAUCUUUUGUCCCUCAAGCCAUCUCAACCUAAGCAUGCUGCCACAUUCGUUUCUCGAUGUGACGCCAAAAGCCGGGCAGAUUUGUAUGUGCGAUGUGGAGAGUGGGGGAAAGCAGCGGAGGUCGCAAGAGAAAGAGGGGAUCGAGCGAAGCUUGAACAACUACGUAGAAUGGCCCCUAAUGGGUUUGCCCAGAGAGACGUAGAUGAAGUGAUACAGCGAUCAGGGAAAUGAGGGAUCAGUCAUGGAGAGGACUCCUGCAUGCGAAGAUAAUAAUUGUGUGUGUAUGUAUAAAUAUGG